AAAAAAAAAACUUAAGCCUGGUGGUGACAAGUACUUUGCCAGAUCUUCCUAAAGGUGUUGUGGCAAAGCGAAUAACGACGCGAUGACAGAACAAACGACAGAAGUAGCCGAGGAGAUCAGCAACAGUGUGUCCAUUGAACUUCUCAAGGCGAAACUGGCAGCGUUUGCAAAGGAAAGGGACUGGGAUCAAUUUCACAGUCCUAGGAACGUCCUCUUGUGUUUGGUUGGGGAAGUUGGGGAGCUAUCGGAAAUAUUCCAGUGGAAGGGGGAGGUGGAAAAAGGACUCCCAGGAUGGAAGGAAGAUGAAAAGGUUCAUCUUGGGGAGGAGCUCUCUGACGUGCUGCUCAACGUUGUGAGGCUCUCUGAUGUCUGUGGCAUUGACUUGGGGAAAGCUGCUCUCCGUAAGCUCCAGCUUAAUGCAAUUAAGUACCCUGCUGACGUCGAUUACACCAACAACUACAACAUCAAGAAAAAUAGGGGUGCCAACAGUAAUUUACCUAUUGUUUAGGUACCUUUCAACCUAUGCAGGUUUUUAGUGAUAUUUAUUGUUUUUUUUUUACUAAUGAUCACUUGAAUUGCAUUCUGAAAGAUCAGUUACCG